AUGGAUAUGAUGCAAAAAAAUAUAUUCAGUUGUGAUGAAACUGGUCUGUUUUAUAAAGCUAUUCCUAAUAAAUCAUUAACAUUAAGUAAAGAAGAUUGUAAAGGUGGUAAAAAAAAUCAAAACAUCGUUUUACUAUUUUUUUUGGUGUUAAUGCAACUGGUGAAGAGAAGCUGAAGCCUUUAAUAAUCGGUAAGAAUUAUUGUUUAGAUAUUUCUAAAUAUUAUUACAUGCUUGAAUACUUAAUAACUUUGCUUUUGUUUUUCCUCACAGGUAGAAGUUUAAGACCACGUUGCUUUAAAGACUUAAAUGUCAAUUCCGAUAGAUUGACCGACGAGCAAGUCAGCGUGGAUGAAUGUCAAUAUGUUUACCGAAUGGUUAUCAAAUUUAAAUGCAUCAAUGAAAAAAAAAACAAAAAAGAAAAAUCAUGUUUUUCAUUGAUAAUGCUCCAUGCCA